AGAGACACACCGUCCUCAUCAGCGAAAUGAGGAGGAAUUAGCUCAACGACCGUCGCCGUCGCCCGUGUCUCACCACCGCGAUGCACAGGCCGGACGUUUAGAGACCGAACCUCCUCGUCUGCCAUAGAUCAGCGCGGAGAUCCGACUUUAUUCCAUCAAUGAGAUAUGCGGAGGGGCUCUACCGCUCGGUGGUAACGCAGAAAAACACAAGAUGAAGAAGCAGUUCAACCGAAUGAGACAGCUCGCCAACCAGACAGUGGGCAGGGCUGAAAAAACAGAAGUAUUAAGUGAAGACCUGCUACAGGUGGAGAAACGCCUGGAGCUGGUCAAGCAGGUUUCCCACAGCACACACAAGAAGCUGACCGCUUGUCUGCAGGGCCAGCAGGGCGUGGAUGUGGACAAGAAGUCUGUCAGGUCGCCCUCGAAAAAGCUUCCUCUCACAACACUCGCACAAUGUAUGGUGGAGGGGGCGGCAGUGCUCGGGGACGAGUCUCUGCUAGGGAAAAUGCUGAAGCUCUGCGGCGAGACGCAGGACAGACUCGCUCAGGAGCUCAUCCUGUUCGAGCUCACCAUAGAGAGAGACGUCAUCGAGCCUCUGUACGACCUUGCAGAGGUGGAAAUCCCAAAUAUCCAGAAACAAAGGAAACAUUUAGCAAAGCUGGUCCUGGACAUGGACUCUGCACGCACACGGUAUUAUCAGUCUACCAAGUCUUCGGGGCUGUCCAGCAACCUGCAGCCAACAGGAGCCAAGGCCGACCACCUCAGGGAAGAGAUGGAGGAGGCAGCCAACCGCAUGGAGAUCUGUCGAGACCAGUUAUCAGCAGACAUGUACAGUUUUGUGGCCAAAGAAAUUGACUAUGCAAGCUAUUUCCAGACACUGAUAGAAGUCCAGGCGGAGUACCACAGGAAGUCAUUAGAGCUGCUGCAGAGUGUUCUGCCCCAGAUCAAAGCUCAUCAGGAGACCUGGGUGGAGAAACCGUGCUAUGGGAAACCAUUAGAGGAGCACUUAGCGCUCAGCGGGAGGGACAUUGCCUUUCCCAUCGAGGCCUGCGUCACCAUGCUGCUGGAGUGUGGCAUGCAGGAGGAGGGUCUGUUCAGAAUCGCUCCGUCGGCCUCCAAACUGAAGAAGCUGAAGGCGUCUUUGGACUGCGGCGUGUUAGAUGUCCAGGAGUACUCUGCGGACCCGCACGCCAUCGCAGGUGCUUUGAAGUCCUACCUGCGGGAGCUCCCUGAGCCUUUAAUGACCUUUGAGCUCUACAACGACUGGAUCCAGGCCUCUAACAUUCAAGAUCAAGACAAGAGACUCCAGGCUCUCCUCAGUGCCUGUGAGAAACUACCCCCAGCCAACAACAACAACUUUAAGUAUUUGAUCAAAUUCCUCUCCAAACUGACUGAGUACCAGGAUGUGAACAAGAUGACACCUGGAAACAUUGCUAUUGUCCUGGGACCCAACCUGCUGUGGACACACAAUGAGGGGAACAUCACAGAGAUGAUGACGACAGUUUCCCUGCAGAUCGUCGGCAUCAUCGAGCCCAUCAUCCAGCACGCCGACUGGUUCUUCCCUGGAGAAAUCGAGUUCAACGUCACAGGGAACUAUGGCAGCCCUGUCCACACCAACCACAACGCCAACUACAGCUCGAUGCCGUCUCCGGACAUGGAUCAGAUCGAUCGCAAACAGAGCGACCAGAGCCGACGCCCGCUCAGCGUCGCCACAGACAACAUGAUGCUGGAGUUUUAUAAGAAAGACGGCAUGGGUGUCAGGGUGAUGGACACUUCUUGGGUGUCGCGCAGGGGCUCGUCGUCUACGCGUAAAACCUCCUCCACGCCACCGAGCGCGCAUCCCCCAGUCCCGCCCACUGACGCGCUCAUCCCCGAGCAGCCGGGGGAAUUCUCUGCCUCCCCCUCCCCCACCCCUCCUCCCACUAGCAGCGACCGAGCCAGCUCGGAUGAUGCAUCUUCCAAUUGGUCGGACUCCUGUUACGCCUGCCCCUCCCCUGAGGAGGAGAGGCCACCUCCCCCUUACCCGUCUUCCUCAUCUUCCUCCUCCUCCUCUUGCUCUUCCUACUCGCUCCCUCACCAUCAUUUCUACACCCGGGCACCUCCGGGUAUGCGUCCCGUCGCUCCCAGCCCCGAAUCCGUGCCUCCCGGCCCGUCCCCUCCCCCCCACCGCUCUGGCUACAGCCCACCCCCACUCCCCCACUCCCUUUGCCCGUCCCCUCAGCAGCUUGACGUCAACUCCAACCCCAAACCCAGCUCCCUGCACCUUGCCAAACAGGCCUCCCUGUCCGAUGCACCGCAUGCACCCCUGUCCGAAACGAAUGGCUCCACCCUUUACAUCAAACCCCCGCUCGUUCUUACUCGUCACGAUCUGUUCCUGGGCUCCCCCAAACCCCCCAACACUCCCAUAUCUGCUCCCCCUCCAUGGGCAGCCUGUGCCUGUAGCCGAGAGAGAGGAGCCAAGCUGACUAGUACGCUGAAGAACAAGGAGCUGUCUCCAGUGAUCGGGCAGAAGGGAAUCCAGGGAACAGUGCUCUCUAGUGGGCAGUCGCAGCUCUCCGAGCACAGCCCACACACCCUGAGGAGAGCAAAGAAGCUGGCCCCGAUCCCACCUAAAGGCCCUUACUGCCAGACAGGAGCCAUGUCCGACCAGUCGACAGGCCAGCCGUCUCCAGUCAGCUUGUCGCCCACUCCUCCCAGCACCCCCUCCCCAUACGGCUUCAGCUACCCACAGGGGUACGCCACCAUCGGCUCUCCGGGUCAGGCCCAGUCGGCCACCACCCCGUCUCUCUCCUCUCCACCUUCGCUGGCCGGGACUCUCACCAAGGCCAGGCCGACCCCCAAGCCGCCCCGGCAGAGGCCUAGCUUACCUCCUCCUCAGCCCCCCACCACACCCGGCACCAGUCCCCAGCCUCUGGAGCACUCAUCAGGGCUCCUGGACGGUUUGUCUCCUGGGGAAAGCAUGUCCACAGAUUCUCUCUGCAACUUGGACAUCCCCGUCAUUAACAUGGAAUUGGAUGGUAUUUUUGACUUGCCCCACAUCUCCCCCUUCAGGAACUCAGUGGCGCUUCUCGAGUUGGCCCACAGCAGAGCGGAGUCGGAGGAAGAGUCUGAGAGCACAGUGCUAUGACGCCACUGAGUCGCCCCCCUCCCACCCUGCCGGCUGAUUCAAUGAAACACAAUGCUACUGCUGCACCAUGUUGCUCGAAAACCCCACGCUCAACUCAUUGACCUUUCACCUCUCCUGCUGGAUGUCAUCGUCGCACCUCGCCUGUACUCGAUCCAGAGGGGCCGACCCGUAAAAACAAGUUCUUCUACACAGUAAAACAAGAAAAAAUGAGAAGAAAACAGCUAAAAGAAAUCUCCAUACUCACAGUUACCUGAGGUGUUAGCGACAAUGUGGCCAGGGGACUCUUGACAUUUUAUGUUGGCUGGAAACAUGUUUCUUUUUUUUCUUUUUUUCUUUUUUGUUUAAUUUAAUGUUUUAUGUUUCUUUUUGCCUUAUUUGACUCACUUGCAAUAUUGCCUUUAACUUCACACACGAGACUGGAAACAGGCUGCUGGGAGGAAUGAGUGCUCUUUGCUGCUGCUGCUGCCUCUCAUGAGUGACUCUCCGAAGGAAGGACGACACAGUGCUGUACAUCUGUCCUGCCGGUACCUGGGCUUUCUUCUUCCUUCUUUCUCCUUCGUUCCUCAGGGGUGUCAGUUGAAAUGCCUCUCUCUGGCAUGUGGUGGCAACAACCCCGAAUUUCUGUCCCACCUGAGCGUUCACUGUGAGUGUGCCAGUAUGUCGUUUUGGAAAGUGUGUGUGUAUGUGUGCGCGUGCGUGCGCGUGUGUGUAUUUUGUUAGUGUGUGAUGUGUUUGGUAACUGUACUAUAUGAUGUUGCACUGUUGGUGUCGUGGAACAUAAAAAGGAAUGCAUGUUUUAGAUAUUUAGGUAAAAUAACUACCAGGUUGCAAAGAGUUUCAACGCCCACUCACACCUUUCUCUAUAUUUACAUGGCAUUCAAUCAGGAUAUCAAUCACUGAUUAUUUAUUGUUUAUACUGUACAUUUUCAGAGUAUAUGAUAUGAUUAACAUUCUAAAUCAAAUCAGAUCAUAUUUUGUAUCCACAGGAGAGCUAUAGAGAUACCGCUUUGUUCAGAUAUAGUCAAUGCUGUCAGGGAGCUAUUUAGUAUAUAAGUUUAUGAAAGGUCCAACAAGCUGAAAAAUGAACAACUCCAUGUGAUUAUUCAUAAUUAUUUUUGGCAGCAAGCGAAGUUACAUGGGAUUUUUCAUUUUUCUCUUGUCAAAUAAGGAUUAAUUUCAGUGUCAAGGAUGGGGGGGCUGAAUCCACAGAAAGACAAGAAUGUGCAAGUUUGGUGGUGGUGAGCCUGGAGCGUGCCGCCAGAACAUUUACGUACACUAAAUUAAUCAUUGAAGUCCGACCAAUAAAACAUCCGUAAAUCAGACUAUUUUUAAGUAUUUUGAAUAGUUAAUUGUUUACACCGGAGUUCGCUGGCUUGCAGCCGUCGUUUUUCUCUGCUUUUGUGGGCUCAUUGCCACGUUUCCCUGCGCAUUACUGCCACCAACUGUGGAUCAGCGGAAUAGCGGAGGCCCACUCAUAAAAACACUCGUCCAUAGUUCUACUAGUAGUCAAACACUCCACGGGGUACCUUUAAUGUUUAUGUGCCGGACAGCUCUCACGACAGUCAGAGAGAGCCGCUCCUAAAUUAAGUGAUCGCAAAAUGGAAAGUGCAAACGUGAGAGCAAGAAACAAAUGAUUUGUGAGAUAGAAUAUGAAUAUGAAGAAACACAAGUGAAUGUUCAAAUGUAAAAUUGGAUUUAAUAUAUAAUUUUAAUUUAAGCCUUUUUCAAAAUUUGUUUGAUGACUCCAUUUUAAAAUGCAGUUAUGAAGCCAUCAUUUAAAGUCAGAAUAAGAAAAAAACUUAAUGAUCCUUUUAUUUUUAUUUUUUUUAAAACCUGCAUCAACUUGUGUUUUUUCCCGCUAAGGGGCAACUGAAACAACCUGUACACAUAACACUGAUAUAUCAUCACCUUUUAAAAUUCAUACGGAGAACUUGUUUUCAGAUAGUUGCCCUUUUAAACAUCUGGCAGAUACAGAGCGACAUUUAGGUUCUCUUUUAGCUCUGGUUUUGUCUCCACCGACUCAUGAGUUAGACAUCAAACAUCAAAUAAUUAAAUGAUCAUAUUUAAAAAAGUAAAAGCCUAUAAUAACUCCAGUGGCACACUUCAGGCUCAAUAUGGGAGAAUCAUCCCUGGCGAAGCGUCGUCAGAGCAUACAGGCACAAGAUUUUGUCCUGGUGCCCUGAGGUAUUAUAACAUCCAAUCAUAUCGUAACAAAGAAACUGAAAACUGUCUCGACAUACUCCCAGAAAAAAAAAGGUGCUAUUUUUUUUGUCAAAAACAAAACCCUGCAGCUCCAGUGGUAAAGUAAGCACACUUUUUUUUCUGACAGUGCAGUUUCACUUUCAGCAACCUCCCCAUUUCAGUUAAUGGGAACCCUGUCUGACGAUGCUGAAAUUUUUGGUCUAUAUUAGUGAACCAGAGGUAAGUGCAAAGAUAUGUGUAUAUGUGUUUAUUUUGAUGAGAGUAUUUAUACAGAUAUAUUUCUGAAUACUUUUUACUAGGUGUGAGGAAUUGUGAUUGUUUCCACUACACACAAAUAUCAUCUGAGGAUAAAAAAAAAGAUAAAAAAAAAAGAAAAAGGAAAAAAAGCAUUCACACACGGGACCAGAAUUUCCCCGCUGUCGCGUUAAAACCUUUUCAGGAAUCAGAGGUUCAGUUUAAGAGAACACUUGAAAAUCAAUAAAACUGGAGUAACAAGGUUUGCGUAUGACAGCGGCAGUUUAUUUGCCUUGCGGUGGGUUUUGUUGUGACCUAUCCAGAUUUGUAAGAUUUUCCUUUUGUCCUGACAUCCACUACACAUGGCCUGAAAGUCACUGUGCUGCUCUACCAUCCUCUUUCUUUUAAAGUGCGAUAUUAUUCACAAGGUUUUUGUAAAUACUAAAACCUCUGCACAUACAGUACAUGUUCUGUAUAUACUGACAGGGGAGAAAUUUAAAUACAAAUACUAUUGAGAUAUAUAAAUUAUGACAAACAUAAGAUUAUACUGUAUAUUCUAAUAUUAUAAUGUUGCUGGCUCUAGCACAUAAUGCCACAUUGACACAAAAAAAACAUUAAGUAGACUUGGCAAACUAAAAAUUUUAACCCAUGGCACUGACGUAGGCUCAAGGUUAAAUCUAGUUUGUAGAUUUCCUACAUAAAACAGCUGAUAGUGCUUGAGUUGCAGAUUCUUGAAUAAGAAUUACACUCUUGAACCCUGAUUACGGCUUUACAGUAAGAACAAAAGCCCACGCUGUAAAACAGUAAUACCUUUCUAAUCAGUAUAUGCUUGUUGCAGCAUGACACUGCAGCUAUGUGAGGCCACAUUACAUUUAAUAAAAAAUGAAAGAUGUCUUGUGCAUCAUUUUAUACAUUUUCCCACAGCUCAACCUGACAUAGAAUUUAAAAUCAUUUUCUGUGGGUUUAUACAAUGAUUCUCAUCACAACCGGCAGUUGUAAUGAUGGAUCAGCCAUAGGGUCCAGCAGGGUUUAAGAGGUCAAAAGAGACAGCGGAUAAUGAAUCUCCUCAGUUCCACAACAUGACUGAAAACACUUUUCCACAUAUAAGAUAUGUGAUUUGAAAGUGAGAACAUACAAAAAAAUGUUUCACAGGCAGAAAAACUACCAAAUGGAAAGCAGUUCAAAAAGAAGUAAAAAAAAAAGUUCUACAGUUUAGGGCUGAAAUGAAUGACUAUCGAUUAAC